AUAUGACAGUUCUAGGAGAGACAACCUAGCCCAUUGCGUUGUUCAUAGAGAAGUGAUAAUGGGAGGACAUUCGCUCCCCCAGCCUCUAGAAGCAAUCAGGCGAGCGGCGGCUGCGGCGCGAUGGGAGAGCAGGUCGUGACGGAGCGUAUCCAGCGGAAGCUGGAGGAGGCCAACGCUACCGUCCAACAGCACCUCGCCGGCAUCCAGGACCACGUCAACUUCACCAUGCAGCAAGCAUACUUCAAGUGCGCAUAUGAUUGCUUCGAUCGGCGCCGUACUCAGGAAGCGAUCAACAAUUGUGUGGAGAAUUGUGGUAUGCCUGUCCUUGCUGUCAACAAUGUUUUUGAGAGUGAGAUGGCCAAGUUUCAGGAACGGUUGAACCGGUCAUUGAUGGUCUGUCAAGAUAAGUUUGAAGCUGCCAAGCUCCAGAAGAUGAAAACAGAUGCAACUCAGGAACUGGAAUCCUGUGUCAACAGAUCUAUCGAUGACAGCAUCAGGGCCCUCCCAUAUGUGGUGCAGCAGAUGAAGUCCACCCUCAAUAUCAAUUAGAGGCAUUAUUACCUUUAGCAUAUGAACCAGAUAUAGUUUGAUAAUGUUUCAUAUUCACAUUCAAGGCAUAAGUCUACAUUUUCAGUGGAAAAACCCUUAGAACUAUGCAGAGCUCUUACCGAUAUCGAUUGUUUCGUAGUUUUUUGAAUUCUGCUCUUACCAGCGUCGACAUUUUGAAUUCUGCUGAGAUCACAGCUUAGGCAUUGGAAGGCUGGAUGAACUUGUUCUGCUACAUGUACCACAAUAUCUUUUAUGUCUCGUGAUUUUUCACGUUGCUUCUGUUUCAA